AUGCUCCAAGCUGAUGAUUGGUGGGGAUGGGCAAAAUGGCUGACGUUAAGCACAAUAGUGAUUGGCAGCAUCUCGUAUAUGGGCUAUUUGGUGACACCGGAUUGGCGUGAAAUUGUCGACAGUAAACAUUACUAUUCAAAUUGGAAGGUACGUUAUAAUCUCAUCAACUUUCCAUCUGCUUCUCAUUUGAUUUAUUCUUCAUAG